AGAACGGUAAUGGAACUCCAUAGGGAAGGUGGAUCAAUGAAAUUGCAUAUAAAACUGACAUAGAUAGACACCAGUAAAUCUUUUCGUUUAAAAGAAAAGGAGAAAAAAGAAAAGAAAAGAAGAUAGAUAAAUAGAAUAAGUGCUAAAUAAAUGUUAUACCAAAGAAAAGCUUCUAAAUAGAGAAAGCUCGGUCUCUAGUGUUUAAAAACCUCUUUCAAAAUCAAAACCUGUAGCUGGAGAUGGAACAAGAAGAAGAAGCAGCAGCAGAAACUAUACCGCCGGAGUCAAACCUUAUAAUUCAUGAGGUAAAAUGUGUGGGUUCUCUAUCUACUUUCUCUCUUUUAUACAUAGGAAAUGAAAGUACAGUCCAUCUUUCAUUCUAGCAAACAGCAUUUGCAUGUACCCUUUACUAAAACAAACUCAUAAAAUCUCUCAAAGGACAAUCUCCUGUUACUCCCGAAUCAUAGACCAUUGUUUAUCACUAGAGUCGUUACUUUUUUCAAAAAUUGUUCAUGCCCAGUUGAUUAAAGUUGGGUUGAAUACUCAUACUUUUCUGGGUAAUCUUUGUCUUGAUCUUUAUUCCAAGCUUUUUGGCUCUGUUAAUGAUAUCUUAACAGUGUUUGAUGAUAUUACUCGUAAAAAUAUAAUAUCUUGGAACAUUUGCUUGACGGGUGUAUUAAAUAUUGGCCAUUUUGAGUUUGCGCGUUUGCUGUUUGAUGAAAUGCCUGAAAGAGAUGUUGUUAGUUGGAAUUCCAUGAUUUCUGGGUUUGCUUCAUAUGGGUACUUCGAUUCUGCGUUGGGGAUUUUUGGUGAGAUGCAAAAUAUGGGUGUUAGACCAAGUGCCUUCACGUACUCAAUUAUGGUGUCCAUAGUGUUUGAUGCUCUUCAUGGAAAGGAACUUCAUGGUAGCAUGAUUCGAAGUGGAUUUAACACAUUGAAUGUGGUGCUUGGGAAUUCAUUAAUUGACAUGUAUGGGAAGUUUGGCUGUGUUGAUUAUGCUUUUGGUGUGUUUUUUACAAUGGAAGAGGUGGAUGUUAUUACUUGGAAUUCAUUGAUUAUAGGUUGUUGUAAAUCAGGAUAUGGAGAAUUGGCCUUGCACCAGUUUUGUUUGAUGAGAUCUUCAGGGUAUUCACCAGAUGAGUUUACAUGUUCUGCAGUAAUCACUUCCUGCUCUAAUUUGCGAAACUUGGACAAGGGUAAGCAGAUUUUUGCUUUCUGUCUCAAGGUGGGAUUUCUUUCUAAUACCAUUGUUUCAAGUGCUGCUAUUGACCUGUUUUCUAAAUGCAACAGACUGGAGGAUUCAGUGCAGCUCUUUGAGGAACUAGAUCAAUUGAAUUCUGCACUUUGCAAUUCCAUGAUUUCAAGCUAUGCAGGGCAUGGCUUUGGGGAGAAUGCUCUCCAACUUUUUGUGCUUGCCUUGAGGGAGAAUAUUAGGCCUACUGAGUUCACAAUCAGUAGCGUUCUGAGCUUUAUUUCCAUUUUUCCGCCGGAGCAAGGGACACAGUUCCAUUCCUCGGUAGUCAAAUUGGGUUUUGAGCUGGAUGCUAUUGUUGCUAGCUCACUUGUACAGAUGUAUACUAAAUUUGGAUUCAUUGAUUAUGCCAUGGAUAUCUUCAAGAGCAUGACUGUAAGAGAUCUGAUAUCCUGGAAUACCAUGAUUAUGGGUUUGACUCAGAAUGGUAGAGUAAUUGAGGCCCUGGACGCUUUUAAGAAACUACUGAAUAGGGGCCCACCACCAGAUCGAAUAACACUAGCUGGGGUUCUAUUAGCUUGCAGCUAUGGGGGUUUCAUUGAGGAGGGAAUGACUAUAUUUUCGUCAAUGCAAGGAAGUUAUGGGAUUAUCCCUAGCAAUGAGCAUUAUGCUUCCAUUGUGAAUUUAUUGUGUCAAGCUGGUUGGCUUGAUGAAGCAAUGAGUAUGAUAGAAGCAAUGCCUUCCGAACCCAAUUCCAUGACUUGUAGAUCUAUACUUCACGCUUGUGCAAUUCGUGGGGACCUGAAACUGAUGGAGGGAGUAGCAGAGAGGUUAGUGGACAUUGGAUCACUAUCAUCUCUUCCUUAUUUGGUAUUGGCUCGAAUGUAUGAGAUGAGGGGCCAAUGGGAAGCCGUGGUUCGAGUCAAGAAAACCAUGGAAAGGACAAAGGCGAAAACAGUGGAUGGAUGCAGUUGGAUUGGAAUAAAAAAUAAUGUACGUACUUUCAAGGAAGAUCAGUUGCAACAUCAUGGAUGCAAAGACAUUUAUUCGUUGUUAAGACUGAUGAAUUGGGAGAUGGAGGAUGAAGGUUGUCUUUGUUGGUAGCUUGAUCGGUGAUUAUGGAGAUUAUGGAGUACCCAUGUUAACUGUUUAAUGCAUGCAAUUGUGCAUCUGCUUCAUCUUAAUCCCAACCCAACUACUAACCCAUGAUCAGUUCAACUGGUAUAGCUAACUCCUACAGUAGCAUUUCAGAGAUGCAGGGCAAAUCAAUAUGUGGAAUCAUUUGAUAUGGUUGUCUUAUGUCCUAAGCCAUAUCAUUUGUUUAUCAUUGUUAUCUUAAACCAAGAUUGCUGCAUGUCAGCUUCUGCACUUUUAGCAUGACAAGUUUAAUAUUCCACUGUGAUGUAUAAGUUCAGAAACGACGACCAAUGAGUCAUUUUGUUGAAUUAUUGCUCCUUGAAAGAGACACUUCCUUUUUGCAA